AUGAAGAUUUGUGUCCUGCACUCCGCUUCAGAAGGUCGCGUCGAGGACACGGAAGGAUUAUGGUCCGAUCCUGGCCUAUAUAUCGCCGAGCACACGUUUGAGCAUCGAUUUAUCAAAAAAGACACUGCAGAGGCUCAAAUUGAUGCCGCUGUCGCAGAAGGCUUCGACUUCUAUAUCAACUUCAUGUGGGGUAUGCUUGGCGACAACUUCGCUGGCAUAGCUGCAAUUAAAUACCUAGAAUCUCUGCAUCUGCCAUUUGCAGGCAUCCGGAGUUUCGAGAGAGAGCGGACCAAGUACCAGUUUUAUGUCGAAGCAAGACGCUUGGGUACCCCGGCGGUUCCGGGCAAUACCAACUUCCCUUUAUUUGUCAGACCGGCAAUCGAUUAUGCAAGCCAGCUUGUCAACGAGCAUUCUAUCUGCCACACGGAAGAAGAACUGGAAUUCACGAUCCGUCGUCUGCAUGGUAAAAUGAGGGAUUCCCGCGUACGAAGGGCAAGAGCACUGGGUGUAGACGAUCCAGAUCGCUAUGUCCGAGAGUGUGAGGCUGCGGGAAGAAAUAGCAGCGACCUUGUGGUCCAGGAAUUUAUCGAUGGGGAAGAGUAUGCAGUAGCCGUGCUUGCGAUGGGCGACGUUCCUGUACCUCUGAGCCCCCAGGUUGUCAAACACACGAAAAGACUCCCUGGCAAGGAGCAAUUUUUAACCUUCGAUGUCAAGUUCGACUCUGGGACUACCUACGAACUUCUGGAUGAAGAAAACUCCCCCGAGCUCUAUCGGCAUCUCCAGGAUACGGCAGUGGAAGCAUUCCGGACGUGCCAAAUGCAUACCACCAGGACGGGUUGCGAUGUCGAUCUGCGGGUUGGUUCAGACGGGACGGCGUAUGUUAUCGAGGUGGACCCUCUCCCUGUGUAUUUCUUGCCCGUGGGAUCACUAUUUGAAGACAAAGACGUCGUCCGAGAUCUACCGGGGGGCUACAGGGCUGCUGUGAAUAUCUUUAUUACCAACUACUCCAUUCAUCACCCAGAAAAGCGCGCAGACAAGAGACAGCAAUUGGCAGAGUUUCAUGACCAGGAAGCUCCGUGGUACGAUACUCUGCAAUUAAACAGCUCCAUUAUAUUGGAGAUCGCAGGCACCAUAUCAGGCAGCGUUCUUGAUCUUGGAUGUGGAACUGGGGUUCUAGGUCACAUCCUCCGUGGAAACCAGCAAGAAGCACAUCGUAUCUCCCGACUUAUCGGAGUAGAUGUUUCCAGCGGAAUGUUGAACGUGUGUAGACAAGGUGGAUGGUAUGAUGAUGUCAUUCUCGAGGACAUGUUGCGGUUUCUGGCUCACUAUAAUACGCCAGUAGACCAUGUCUUUUGCUUGUCUACGCUUCACUUCUUCUCUGCAGAAGAACUGGAUUUCAUCCUUGCACGAUGUUUCCUGCUCGCCAAGCGGUCUAUUAUCCUAACAAUUGAUGAAAGCUUUGAUAGUGUGCGUACUCACAUGAAGCAAAACGUUUCAAUAUCUGGCUACUUUACCAACCAUGUAAAUAACACCAAAUCUUUCGUGUUGCCACGCAGUUGGGACCUAUCUUCCAAGACCCGAUGCGAUUCUAGCUCUACACGCUGUGCAACUACUUUCAUCUUUACACGACGGAAAGCUCUGUAA